AUCCACCAUUCUCGACCAGAACCACCCAAGGAAAGAAGGGAGAGCUCUACAACUCCAUUCCCAUAGCCAAAUUCGAAGCUCAAGCUUAAGGAGUCCAAAGAAGGGGUUUUAAGGAGGAAAAAGUGAAGAAAAGUGUGAAAGAUUAAGGCACUUGUAAAGGGUGAUUUAAGAACUUUCACGAAGUUGAAAGAGUUACCGGAGUUGUCGCCGGAGUUCAUCAAAGUUCGCCGGAGUUUCAUCGGAGUUCAACCGGGAAGGGUAGAACUUCAUAACACUCAUUCGAGCCUGCUACUCGCUCGGUACUUGUACUGACCCCUUCGGGGGGGGCCACCAUUUCAGGUUGAAGCUCAAGUUGCUAUUCUCACCUUGCUCGGUGAAGUGAUCCAAAGGGAGACGUGGUUCGUGCUUCCUUUAUUGUUUUCAAACUAUAAACUAUGCUCAUGGAUAUUUUGUAAUAAAUACAUUUGUUUUGGGCCUGCAUGCCUACGUUUUGGCCAAGUGUGGCCCACGAUUGAAUAUUGAAUAUUUCCGCUAUUCGUUCAAUCCUAUUAUGUGAUGUUGUUAUGUAUGUUUACUUACUGAGUAUGGUAUGGACUAUGUUCAUGGACGCCUUGUUUGACUAAGUCACGUUGACUCGUGGGUGACGUCAUUUAGUCAUACGGCGGUUGUACACGCGCUCAGAUGCGGUCUGGGGCGUGACAUCUUGUGCAUUGGAGUUCCAAGGAAGUUGGGACAACCACUUAGCACUUGUGGAGUUUGCCUAUAACAACAGUUAUCAGGCAAGCAUCGACAUGCCUCCAUACGAGGCAUUGUAUGGGAGGAGGUGCCGUACACCGUUAUGCUGGGACGAGGUUGGCAUGGCCAAACUCGAGGGUACUGAGUUGGUUGAAGUCACCAAGUCAAAGGUGAAGUUGAUUCGAGAGAGACUCAAAGCGGCCCAGGAUAGACAAAAGAGUUACGCAGAUAAGCGUCGAAGAACGUUAGAGUUUAAGGUUGAUGACGAGGUAUUCUUGAAAGUUUCUCCUUGGAAAGGAAUCAUUCGAUUCCAAACCCGAGGAAAGCUUAACCCACGAUAUAUAGGUCCAUUCAGAAUUAUAGAAAGGAUUGGGGCCGUAGCAUAUCGUCUACAGUUGACUCCUGAGUUGAAGAAGAUACAUAAUGUGUUUCAUGUAUCCAUGCUUAAGAAGUAUGUGCAUGAUCCCUCUCACGUAUUGGAAAAGCCGCCUGUAGAGGUACGUGAGGAUUUGAACUACGUUGUGCAACCAAUCAAGGUCACCGAUAGAAAGGUGAAGAAACUGAGGAGUAAAGAAGUCCCAAUGGUUAAAGUCCUUUGGAAGAGCGAUCGGGUCGAAGAAGAGACAUGGGAAACAGAGACUUUGAUGAGGAAGCAGUAUGCUUUCCUAUUCGAGUAGAGCUGUGAAUUUCGGGGACGAAAUUCCUGUUAAGGGGGGGUGAACUUGUGACACCGCACCCGAACGUCCUUGAAAAUUCAAUUUGAAUUUCAAGUUUAUGUAUUGAAUUUCCGAUUUCCAAACAAUUGUAAAACGAUUAAUGUUUUACGUAGUGC